AUGGACUUCUAUUGGCAUUACUCGAGUAAAGAGGUGAUUGACGAGGGAGGUAAGGAGUACUUCUUGAGGGCUAUUCAAGUAUGCAGUCAAGUCUUCAACACGCUCACCGAAAGUAUUCAGGGUCCUUGUGUCGGUAAUCAGAUGACUCUUGCGAAUUCGCGUCUUUGGGAUGCGAUCAAUGGAUUUUUCUUCUUGUUUGCGCACAUGAUGGAGAAGUUGUACAAGAAUAGCACACAGUUGGAGUUGUUGAGAGAGUUUCUGAAUCUGCAGAAAGAUAUGAUCGUUCUGAUGCUCUCAAUGCUUGAAGGUAACGUAUUGAAUGGUCCAAUUGGUAAACAAAUGGUCGAUGCGUUGGUUGAGAGUCAGCAAUGUGUUGAGAUGAUUCUGAAAUUCUCCGAUAUGUUCUUGAAACUGAAAGAUUUGACCACCUCGCAAGCGUUUCAAGACUUCGACACGAAUCGUGACGGGUGGAUUUCACCGAAAGAAUUUCAACGCGCCAUGGAAAGUCAAAAAAUGUACACCGUGUAA